UUCUUUUAUUGAUCAUACAAUGAAGCUACAGGAAGGUCAAGCUUUCGAAAUCCUGGAAGGUGUUUACAAGAGUCUGGACGCCGAUAAACCCAAGUGCUGGGCUGACUGCGUGGCCUGGGCCCGAAGACGUUGGCAGACACAGUACAGCAACAAUAUCCGGCAGCUCCUGCACAAUUUCCCACCAGACCAGGUUAUGCCUUCAGGAGUGCUUUUCUGGUCUGGUCCGAAGAGAUGUCCUCAUCCACUGGAAUUUGAUCCCAAUAAUGUAAGUGCUAACUCCUGACAGUCCAGUCCAGCU